AUGUCAAAUAGAACUAACGCAUCUUUGCUUACAUUACCGGUCGAACUUGUCUAUUGGAUUUUGGAUAAUCAGAGUGUUUUUACUAUUAUAUUCUCAAUGCGCAAUGUCUGCCGAAGACUCAACUUAAUCGUGGAUAGUUAUCAUCGAUAUAAGACACUUACUACACUCGAUCUUAGGUACAGGACAUUUGAAAUUGAAGAAAUACAACAAUUGGCUAAUACAUUAGAAAAUAACACAGCAAUCACUAUGUUAGAUCUUUCAAGUGAUAAAACUGGAGAUAACGAAUUCGGAUAUCUUGCUAAUGCAUUGCAAAGCAAUAAGACACUCAAGACAUUAAUACUGCGAUAUAAUAAAAUCGGACUCAUCAGAGCACAGCAUUUAGCCAAUACAUUAGAAAAUAACACAACACUUACUACGUUAGAUCUCGAAAGUAGUGACGUUGGAGACGAAGCAGCACGAUACCUUGCCAGUCCAUUACAGAACAAUAAAACAAUCACGACACUGAAACUUCGGUAUAAUAAAAUUGGAGAUGUAGGAACACGAUAUCUAGCUAAUGCAUUAGGAAAUAAUAUAGCACUCACUACGUUAGAUCUCGAAAGUAAUACAGUUGGGGAUGACGGAGCACGAUAUCUUGCGAAUGCAUUACAAAAUAAUAAAACAUUCACCACGUUAAAACUUCGGUAUAAUAAAAUCGGAAGCGCUGGAGCACGAUAUUUAGCUAGUGGAUUACAAAAUAAUACAUCACUCACCACGUUAGAUCUAGAAAAUAAUAAAAUUGGAGAUGAAGGAGUACAAUAUCUAGCUAAUGGAUUACAAAAUAAUACAACACUCACCAUGUUAGAUCUCUCAGGUAAUAGUAUUGGUGAUGAAGGAGGACGAUAUCUAGGUUAUCUCUUACGUAACAAUACUGCGCUUAUCGUAUUAAGAUUUGUAAAUAAUGAUAUUGGAGCUGUUGGAGCACAGCAUCUAGCAAAUGGGCUACAAAACAAUGUAACACUCACCAGUCUAGUUCUGUACAAUAAUAAUAUUAGAAACGAAGGAGCACAACAUCUGGCUCUCGCACUACAAAACAAUAGAACACUUACUGAACUCGAUAUCGGUGCCAAUAGAAUUGCAGAUAAUGUAAUGCCUCAUCUGGCUGAUGUAUUACUAAAUAAUACGUUAACUAUGUUAGAUUUGUCAGUUAAUGGAGUCACAGACCAAGGAGUACAACAUCUUUCUGAAGCUGUACGGAAUAAUACAACAUUGACCACAUUAGACCUUGGACUCAAUAGAAUCGGCCCUAUUGGCGCGCAAUAUUUAGCGAGUGCCCUACGGAUUAACAUGACACUCACUACACUUAAACUCAAGCGCAAUAAAAUCGGUGUUGUUGGAGCACAAUAUCUAGCUGAUGUUAUGCGAAAUAAUACAAUACUUACCAAACUGGAUCUUUCAGGCAACGAAAUUGGAGAUCAAGGAACGCAACAUAUAGCCAAUGCUAUAAAAACUAAUACAACAUUGACCACACUAAGUCUUGAAAGCAACAACAUCACCGAUAUCGGAGGAGAACAUCUGGCAAAUGCUUUACAACAUAAUAUAACACUCAGUAAAAUCGAACUCUAUGGCAAUACAAUGCAUUCCUUUCUUCGUUGUGUCAUUGAAGAUUUGAAUGGAAGAAAAAGCUCUCAUUCAUGA